UCCAAUAAUCAAUUUUCAUUCCAGCAGCUUAUGUUUUACAAUAUAAUUAAGAUAUUUAUACGAAUCUAGGCAGUGUUUACAAUAAAAAGGAAAUGUAUCCAUCUGAUUUUUAACAAUGGUGUCCUUGAAUUAUAGAAAUGAUUUUUUUAAAUACUAGUUCAGUAAAAUGCAAAAGUGCACAAUUUGUUAAUUAAUUUAUAAAUAUAGAAACUAAAGAUGGAUUGGAUUAUUUCUGAUGAGUUGGGGUUGACCGUCGGGCACCUAGUAGGAUGGGGAGCAGCUGGAGCCAUGAUUAUCGGUGGCGUAGCACCAUACAUUCCACAGUAUCGUCAAAUCAAAAGGACACAGGAUGCUGAAGGGUUUUCCCUUUAUGUUUGCUUAACUCUUCUAAUAGCUAACACACUUCGUAUAUUAUUCUGGUUUGGCAAACGUUAUGAGUUGCCGCUCCUGAUCCAAAGUAUUGUCAUGAACAUUACUAUGUUUGUAAUGAUCCACCUCUGUGUCAAUGUUCGCAAAAAGAACCAAAUCAUAAGAGCAAGGGAGCGAAUAUUUACAGGUGCAAUAUUCAUGUUAUAUAUCCUAUUGUGUUGUGUGAACGGCUCAGACCAGCCAGAUGAAACGGCACGCUGGCUGGAGCAACACAGCGGGGCACCCAGUGGGGAAAAGCCUCAUCGGUUUUAUGAUAUGGAAAGGAAAUAUUUCUGGGCAUGGACAGAUUUCCAAAGCUACGUGGACUGCAUGCUCGUGUUUUCCGUGAUCGGGGCCGCCGCCACGUACCUGCUGAUCGAGUUCGGGCCCUUCGUCGAGCUUAUUGGGUUCAUGGCCGUGUUCACGGAGGCCAUGCUCGGGGCGCCGCAGAUUGCCAAGAACCAUCAGAACAAGAGCACUGAGGGGAUGAGCUUGAGCAUGGUGAUAAUGUGGACCUGCGGCGACGUAUUCAAGACUGCCUAUUUUGUAAUGAGGGAGGCGCCCACGCAGUUCUGGGUGUGCGGCUCGCUGCAAGUUGCCUUAGACGUCGUCAUACUCUUCCAAGUGUGGCUGUACCGGCGCGACACGGCGGCGGCGCGGCGGGCGCGGCGCGGCGACUAGCAGUGGACCGAGAGCGACUUAUAGCACCACCACUGCCGCGCCCGCUACCGCCUCCUAGCGAGACUGUUA